GUCGCCAGUGCCCCGGCAAUCGCCGCCGUGAUCGGAUGUGUGGUCUGUGCUGCUCAGUUCAAUGCGCGUGUGCAAUUAUUACGAUGUGUGCAUUUAUCGAGUGUGAAUUGUGAGUGAUUCUGUGUCUUAUUUUUGGAUCCAGUGCUGCAUCCAGCAUCACCAGCAAAAUGCUGACGAUGAGAAAGUUCCUCAGCAUCACACUAAUCACCAUAACAACUGACAUCGUCUCAUCAGACGGGGACAUCAGGGAACACCAGGGCCCCCAAACAUGCGGGGGCCGAUUAAAAGGCUCCGUCGGGGUCAUACAGACCCCGAACUUCCCCAACCCGUUCCCCGUACCGAUCAAGUGUAAAUGGAUUAUCGAGCACGACAUUGUAAACGGAACCAUAUCGAUAUACUUCACCCAGCAGUACACCACUAGUGGGCUGACGUUCACAGAGUACAUGUACUACGAUGAGACGUAUAAGCUGGGUGAGCGGCAGGCUCUCAGCGUCACCGAGGAGAACAUCACUAGGAUCAAAUGGUUACAGGUCCAAAGUCCAGUGUUAGUGGUGGAGCUCAACCUGGACAGACUUGAAGGCACGCAGCUCCGCGCACUGGGCUUGUUGUCUGUGUUCGGCUUCAACAUGACGUACGUGGUUAAGGCCCCCACAGACUCGCCCGGGCCCACGUCUUGCAGCGCCAUCGAGUGCCGUCUGCUGGGGCACUGCUACGCUAAACAUGAUUACAAGGAGUUUUACUGCGCGUGUUUCGAAGGCUACUCCGGGUCUGAUUGCGGAGUCGGCCCCCUGUGCCCCAAGACCCCCAACAUGUGCAAAAAUGGCGGCACCUGCAGACAAAUGGGCCCCGCGGCUGUGAGCUGCAUCUGCGCACCCGGCUACACGGGGGACCUCUGCGAGUCGCAAAUUGCCGCGCCGGAGUGCGGCAUCGAAGAGUGUGCCGAAGGUUGUAAGAAAGGAACAUCGUGCGAUUGUAAUCCAAGAGAUACUGAUAUCUCGUCCGCCCGUUUUGAGACAAGACUACAAAUAAUGGAUCAAGGAACUGACAACAUAUCUGAAGAAAUCAUUAAACAGAUAACCAAUUACUUGACGGCAUCAAAUAUUACACUUAAUGAUGAAAUAGAAAUUUUAAAUAUAAGUGCUCCAGACAUAAAUAACGCACGCACUGUCUGGCUGCGUGUUUGGGGAGCACGCAGAGAGGCGGGUGCACUGCGGACCGCACUUGCUCGCCUCGCCGCUACACGCACCCGCACCGACCGCCUGCGUCUACUGCCCGCUACGCUGCACUUCGACAUGCAACCCGCGCUGAGCUUACAAUCAUUGAUCGUGAACCAGCGCCCCGAAGUGUGGGAGGGGUCCGAGUUUAUACUGAGCUGUAUGGCGUACGGAUCCCCCGACAUCGAGUUCACUUGGUACAAAGAUGGUGUCAAAGUCAACUUCGAUGGUACCACGAGAGAUAUUUGGACCCGCACGGUAGCAGAAGAUGCUCUAGGGCGCCGCAUGUCAGUCCUCGGCAUAUCAGAAGCCAAGAAGCCUGACAGUGGAAGAUGGUCCUGUUCCGCUGAUGACGCGGGCAGAAGAAGAUGCAGCGCACUCAGACUGACCAUCCUGAGACCACCUGAUAUCAGACUUGUGCCUUCUAGUCUCACUGUUAAUAAGGGUGAUAACGUUAGCAUAACCUGUCUGGCUGGCGCUGGACGGGUCCACGGGACCCUGGGGUUCAGCUGGGCGCGGGAAAAAACCUUGCUGCGGCUGGAGCCCGGACGAGAGGUGUGGGAGGACCUGUAUCCCGCUGGAAGUGUUCUCAAACUGUACAAUAUACAAAAAUCAAGCGACUAUCGUUGCCAAGUAUCAUCAGUAGCUGGUAAAAACGCGAAGGGUGUGACUAUGUGGGCACUGAACUCCAAAGACGAGGCCUGCGAAAGCGAGGCCUCACAUGGUCUGCGAUGGCCGAAGACUGCACCGGGGGCGCAUGCGGCCGCUACUUGCCCGCCCGGACAUAACGGCGAAUCUACUAGGUUUUGCGAACCGAAGACAACACAACAUGGCGUGAAAUGGAUGCUUCCAGACUUUUCUGGCUGUGUUGCUGAUUCGCUACGUGAUAUUUAUGAACAGUUUACUCGAAUAUCUUACGGAUAUUCUUGGGACAACGUCUCCAACGUCGCCCAUCAAUACGGUGCAGUGCUGCGUUCUCUACCAGCACAUCCUGGAGAGGGGACCUUGCCUCUACAGCACACGAGAGAGAUGUUGCACUAUCUGCUCUCUACUGCUGGGAAACAGAAAGACAGGCAGGACAGUGUCGAACACUUGCUAAUAAUCUACGACACAUUGCUCAAACAUCCUGACACGUUUUUGGAUGAAGAGAAAAUCUACGAACUCCAAAACGCGGUAGUAGACACAGCUGCAAUGAAAGACAACGUAGACUUCCAUUACCAAGAGUUUUCGGUGAAGAGCAAACAAGUACGAGAGGAUGGUGCUGCACACUUUAGCUUCAUUCAAGUGGCCAGCUCCGAGGAGUGGCUACUGACGUCUGCUGGAGUGGAAUUGGCAGCGAGGAAUGGGAAUUCUUCUGUGGUGGCUGUUCAGUAUCACAACUUGGCUGCUAGGCUACCGUCGUUGAGACGAUCGGUAGAAUUCAAGGGCGGACGUGAAAUGGAGUACCGACUGGCGUCGGCGCAGGUGCAGCUCGCGGCAGGCCGAGUGGACGCGGCUCUGCAGCACACCGUCACGCUGCUCUUCGUGCACUCCAGGAACUACACUGCCAUAGCUUCAAAACUUGCGUGUGGACUCCGAACAUCGUCUGAACCCCGAACAUGGAUAAUCAAGGCGUGCGAGGUGCGGAUACCGGAGCCUACGUACGUGGCCUGUCGAUGUCGAGGAUUAGGCACUUACGCGCUGUUUACUAUCGCCAGGUCUACCCUUACAGAUGCAGAAAAGGAUUUGCGAGGCGUGGUGAAGAUAACCGUGGGGCUGGGAGGUGCCAUGUGUCUCGCGGCGGCCGCCCUGCAGCUGCUGAGCCUGGUGCCGGGGCGGAAGGCGAGGCUGCCAGUGUUCAUGAAGGCAGCGACGGCCGGCACUCAUUCUGCCGCCAUGCUGACUCUUUUGGAAUGUGAUACGAGACAGGAAGAGGCAUGUCCCGGCGCGCUAGGCUGGGUCUGCGCAGCGUGCUGGUGCGCAGGUUGCGCGGCUCUGUGUGCGCAACCACUGCUGCUGCAGGCGGAGCUGGCGGGCAGAGCGCAGCGGGCACCCUCUGUUGGUCUGCUGGCAGGGGUAUCCACACUGGCGUGGCUAACCGCGCGGUUGUGGGGCGGCGCGCCGCUUCAAUUAGGCGCCGCUGCGCAGGCGGUGUGCGCCGCCGGCUGUGCCAUGCUCACCGUGCUGUGCUUCGCGCUGGCCGUGUGUGCCACGCUUAGACUGAGGACCAUCACGCACAAAGUUCCCAUUGAAAGGCGGACAUAUUUAAAAGACAGACGUCGCGUGGUGCGUCACACGCUGCUGGUGCUGUGCAGCACGACGGGCGCGCACGCCGCGGGCGUGUGGUGGGCGCAGCCCGGCCUGCGGACGCUGCCGCAAGUCAUCGUGUUGUCUGCUGCGGCGCUUGCUAAUGGUUUGGCAAUGCUAAUCUGCUACGUGAUCCGCGACGAAGAGUGCCUGCAGGCGGCGCGAAGAGUUCUAUCGCUGCCCUCGCAUCGCGACUGGCAGGACUCGCCCGUCGGAGACACGUCGCUGAGUUUGUACAUCAAGCAAGGCGGCGAGGUGGAGAGCCGCGGCGGCGCGCGCGCCAUGGAGCCGGCGUCCCCGUCGGCACUGUCGCCCGUCACCUCGUACUGGCGCGCGCCGCGCCUCGAGAGCCCGGCUAAGUUGCAUAGAAGGCAAUCAACACCAGACAGCCGGGCGGACAUAGUACGCUGCGUCGAAUACAGAGAUUCCUUGCUGAGUCCACACCGAUACGACCCGCACCGAAUAACAACCACGCACGCGGUCUGCGACCUCAUACCCCACGCGGACAUGCACACCUCCCCCCUCCUCCCCCAGCCCGAAUACAUGGCCAGGGUCUGCCUCGAGCUGGGCGUAGUCAAAACACCCCCUACAGAAAAACCAGCGCCCCUCCUAACAUGCUCUGUAGACUUUGAACCUUACACUGACAAAAACUUCGACACUUCCAAAGAAGCGUGCACGAUCUGCGUGCAAUCCAACCCGGACGUCUCAAAAAUCACUUCACCUCCAAUAAAGAGUUGCUUGAAGAAGACGAAUAAACAGUUCAGUUCGAGCAUAUCGCUCCCGUCCAUGGAAGUGAAGGAGGAACACAAAUCCAAGUCAGACAUCGACCAAGUCAACAGACAGUGGAAUAAAGCGUACGAUUCUCCUGAAACGGAUCGAAUGCUGAACAAAAUCUCCAACGACCUUGAUUUCCUAUUGAAUAGAACGCAAGAGAAGAGUAUUCACGACCAAAUAGAAGAGGCACCCACUUAGGAGUUUUAAAGUGGAGCUAGUUUAGAUCAUAUGGAAACAGGGGUGCAAUAUGCCAAAUAGCAUAAUGUGUACAUAAUAAUUUUAUAUCUGUCUUCUACGAAUAUAUUGUAAUAUAUUAAAUACCUAAACAGAAAUUACAUUGAGAAAUUACAACAACGAAUUGUAAUGACCUAGGAGUCAAAAUAUAAAAGUACCUAUAAAAUUUAGUAGCUCCUAAUUGCGAUUUCCACAUUUUUUGAUUCGAUUCUUGUAUAUUUCAGAGAUUUGAUUUUUUAAGCAACUCCUAAGCUUCAGCCUUAUCUAACUUUCCCGGUUUAAAGUGUUUUUAGGUGACAAUUAAAUAAAAUGCGUAUUCGCGCUUUGAGAUUUAAUGAAUGACUAUUUCCAAUCAGCAGCGAUAUGCGUGUCUACAAGAUUGUUUGGGGUACAGUAUAACCCAUAGACUAGCUAGACUUAUACCAACGCCGUGAUGCAAUGGUAGGUUUUUGCAGGGUCUUAGAUAGAUUACUAGGAUUAAUUGAACAUGUAAGUCAUAAAAUUACAUUUAUUAAAGGCUAACUUACAUGUUUAAUUAAUCCUAGUAUACACGCUACAUACUUAGCUAUCAUAGUCCCUACAAAAACCUACCAUUACUUUAUGGCAUUGGAACAAGUCUAGUCUAUGGGUUAUACUGCACCGCGAACAAUAUUGUAGACACGCAUGUCGCUGCCGAUUGGUCAUAGGAAUUAGUCCAAAGAUUACAAUGUAAAUUAAUCAUUCAUUAAACCUCAAAGCACGAACACUUAUUUUAUUUAAUUGCCAACUAAAACACUUUAUGCGGCAAAGCUAGCUAAGGCUGAAGCAACAAGUCAAAUAAAUCUAAUUUCUCAAUGUAAAUUUUGCUGAAAAAUACUAUAGCCAUAAAUUUCACAAUAUAUAAAAAUAAAUUAUUUAGUUAACUGGAUCUUAUAUAGUUUAAAUAAAAUCUUUAUAUAAAUUUUAUGUACAAAAGACAAAUGUUACAAUAAUACCUUUGAUAAUAAAAGGAAUCAGAAUCUUUAUUUGUAUAGAAAUUGCGUCUGAUUAUUACACAGACGAUUUAUCACAAAUAUAAAUAUUAGUAACAAUAGGUAUUGGACUUACUCCAUACUGUUGCUAAUACAUAUUUAUACAUUUUAUAUAAUUAUGUAAUAUAAAAAUUAACGCCAAGAUUUAGUUAUCAUAAUAAGAGAAACAUCACGUAACUGUAAGAUACUGUAAAUAAAGCUAGUCAAAUUGUGUUUUAUAAAAUAAAAAAUGGGUCGUAUGUAAAAUAGUGUUGGUCGGUAUGCUAUAUGGUACAUACUGAUUCAUUCUUGAUUAAGAAUUAGAAUGUCAUAUAUUCCAAAUUAAUUAUUUACCUACCUACUAUUUCAGUAGGUAAAUAAUAAUUAAGCUUGUUAAGUAUCAUUGGGAUGCAAAAACUAAAUAAUACGCUAUUUUUGACGUUUCACAUUUUUUUCAUUUAAAAUUACGUCACUACUCUUUGUUAACGAUACUAGAUAUUGUCGUCCAAUAUAUUUAUAUUCUAUUUGUAAACCCAGGUUAGUCAUUUAAAAAUAAUAUAUAAAAUUUUAAAACCACUAAAUAAACCUUCUUAUACUAGCUAGCAAAAACAACUUGAUAAAAAUAAAUUAUUAGUGAUUAAACCUAUUUUUAUAUCUGUAAUUUAAAUUGGGAUAAACAAAUCAAAGCCAAUGGACCAGGCAACACUAUUAUACGUAUCUAUCUCAUUAAGCCUAUCGUUUAAUUAAAUGUAGGUAAUUUGAAAGCAAUUUUUUCCUUCAGUUUUACUAUUCUUUUCACUCCGACGUUUCUGGCCAGUGCAGGGACAUUUACCUUCAUUUAUCUAUAUCAUUUUAUGCCCUCAUUCGCUGUUUUAUUAAAAACUGAAAAAACUCUCGUGCGAAUGAGGGCUAAACAUCAUCGAAUGUGUUGUUUUACAAUAUAAUAGGUACUUAUGUACAUACAACUUGCCUAAAAAGCCAUAUUAAUGCAAUAGGUACACAUACAUCCUAGGGCCAAAAAUGGCCCUCACGUAACGAACCAAGAACGCUGGAAAGAGGUAAUUUUGCCUAUCCAAGAAAACGUCGUUAUAGAGGACUGAUUAAAAUUAAAGUUCUAUUCGAGGGCCGGUAGAAACAACACUUAUACGGUAUUUAAGGUAGUCACAUUUGAAAGAUUUAUAACAGAAAAAUAUCUAUUAGUUAAUACGUUUAAUUAACACGUUUAAAUGUAAAGAUAUAUUUUACGUAAAUGAUAAUGCAACCGGCCUGUAAAUACUUAACUGUAAGUUUCUAACUCUACAUAAAUAGGUACCUUACCUACUUACCUAUAUACUUAUCGAAGGUAAAUAAAUGUUUUGGAAUUUUUAUGGAAUAUUUUUUACUACAGUGUGGCUUACGAAAGUAAACUGCAGUAAUCGCCCGCCAAAUUUAAAAAAUCAUUUAAACAAAUUAAAAAAACAUGUGUUUUCAUAAUUUGUUUUUUUGUUUGUGAAUACAUUACUACCUAUACUUUAAGUAUUAAUUAAUUUAUAGUAAUAUUAAUUUUUUUUUUAAUUUGGUGGGCUAUUUCAGACAUUCAUUAGCCAAACUCUAAUCAUGAGAUUAAACGUCAGUUUUUUUUUUUAUUUUUACUAAAAUUGUAAUAGGUAUCUACUUUUUACAUAUUUCAAUUCAUACUUUCGUUUUCCCUUGUUAAUGUUUACUUAUUUAAACCCACCUAUUUGAUAGUGUCGUAAUUUAAGUUUAAAAAAAAAUAACAUAUUUUCACCACAAUGUAUACUUACCUUCAAUAUAAUAAGUACCUGCCUAUGUCAUUCUUGAAAAAAGAUAUUACUGUAGUUUUACGUAUAGACUUGUGUUUAAUUUUCCACCUCGAAUAUAAUUGUACCUUGCUGGCAAAUUGCAUUCAAAUCGUUACUUGAAUUUAUUCUAACAGUCGAUUCUCUUUCUACGAUCGCAAACGCUUCGAAAACUAGAAAAAUGUAAUCUUGUGACUUGUCGAUAGCAAAUGUCAUUCCCAUCAAAGAUAAUUUUGUUUAUACUAUGGACGGUUACGUCCCUACAAAAUCACCGCAAAAAGUAAUCCGAACAAUAGGCUACAAAACUGAGCGCACACAUGCACAAUUUUGUCUUUGAUUCCAUUAUUUAUUUAUGUUUAAAUAGUUUUUACACUUCCUGAACACACAAUUCGACAUUGUAGAGGAUAUUCAGGUAUUAUUUGUUUAAAUAACGUUAUUUGUUGACCACAACUAACAAUGACAUGUGGAAAUUUCCUCUUCUGAGCGCUUAACUUUUCAUGAACUAGUAACACAUCUAACAGUAUUUAAUUUAUUAAAUCCGAUCGACAACUUGAUCACGUGAAUAUUAGUGAAUAUUAUUCCCAUACAUUUAUAAAUUUUCGACGCGUUAGCGUUUGUAGAAAGAGAAUCAACCUGCCUGCAGGGUCAGAUUACUUUGUGGCACUAUACGUAAUGUUUUCACAGUCUAUGAAGUUCUUCAAAACUUGGUAUUUCAAACAAAAUUUAAAAAAAAAACGUUUAUAGUGUUAACUAAAAAAUAAUUGUGAUACUUAUUAUAUUUUUCAUACAGUAAUUAUUUUAAAGUAAAUAUAGAUAUUAUUAAAUAUUAUUUAUGCUGAUAAUAAAACAGUAUUCAAGUACCCACAACGUUUUCGACGUUUUUUUUAAUUUUAAUAGAAUAGAAUUAUAGCUAAGUACUUAUUAGUUUAGUACAUACUUAAUACAAUUUUAAAUGACAAACGAGCACAAUUAUUAUUAAAAUAAAACCUAGUUAUAUGGUAACCCAAUACUUUAAUACAUAUUUUAAGCAAUUUUAAUAUUUUUUCUUUUAACUGCAUAAAGUUUUAUGUACCCACGCAAGAUUUUUAUUUAUUUCUUUCCGUGUUUAUUAUACCUACCCAAUUAGUCAUAAAUUAUAUAUUGUAUUAGUAUACGAACCUUUUAAUUUAACCUGUUAAUGUAAAACAUUAUUAUCGAUUUCUAAAUAAUCGUGAAAAUUAAAAUCUAAGUACUUAAUUAAAAUUUUUGUCCAAAAAGAUGUCACUUAGUCCAUUGAGAUUUUAUUAUACCAGCAAUGUACAAGCGCUUGGUUUUUUCUAUCAUCUUUAAAAGUAGGUACUUGGGUACUUGAACUUUUUAAAAUUAUUAAAACGAUCCAACAGAGAAAUUUCUAUUAAAGAUAACAGUAGAAAAAACUAAAAAAAAACUUUUUUUUUCAAUUUACGUACUUACUUAUUUGACGUCAAUUUGAGUACAUUCUGCACUUAACAUAAAUAUCUAUUAAAUCUGGUUUGAUUUGGUGUUUUUUAUCAAGAAGGUAGGUUUCCUUUUCCAGUCUUAAUUAUUUAUGAUAACUUUCUGGAAUAGUAACAUCUCAUUGGCGCCAUCAAUAUAAUAUAAAAUGUAAAUAUCACUGUUUGUACAUACGUUAGAAACGAUUCUAAACGAAUUAUAAUAUAAAAUUUUAUGUUAAAACGAGUACAAUAUAUUUUUUAUUUACAAUAAAAUUUUUUACUAUUUA